AUGCCACCCAAAAAGAAAGGCAUCGCCAAACCCAAAAAGGCACCCAGCCGUCGCAGCACCAGGAAGAAGGCCACUAAAGCCAGUGGCGAUGAUGCUGCUUCUAAUGCGGCACCAGCUGCUGCUCCUGCUCCUGCUCCGAUUCGUGUCAAUACGGAUCCCAGUAAUCGCCAGCGUACCCGUGCGAGAGUCGCUGCGGCGAAGGGGACCAAGGAGAUUUCGCCGGUGCUGCCGGUGGAGCUCGGGGCGGAUCCGGAUGAGUAUGCGAAAAGGGAGAGGGAGAGGGCUAAGGGGGGUAAGGGAGAGAGUAGUGGUGAGGUGGCGGAGGAUGGGACUGCUGAUGGUGGGGAGGAGCGGGGUGGUGAGGGAGAGGGUUUGCAGGUUGAAACGCGGCCUCAAAUUGCUGCUGCUGGCGAGGAACAGAGUGGCCAGCAGGAGGCUUCACAGGCUAGACCAGAGCAGGAGCAUGCUGUAGUGGCUCAAUAUACAGCCACUGCGCCUGAGUGGAGCGGCCAGGAUGAGGCUCCAGUGACUGAACCACAGCAGACCGCUGAACCGCCCGUCGAUCAGGCACAAGCGACACCUACGCCCCCAGCAGAGACCGAGAAAGAGCGACAACUCCGCGCAGACGAAGACAUCCGCGUGCUGCUCGAGGUGUUCCAGGAGCACCUCACCCACCUCCAAGGUCGCGCCAACACCCAACGUGAAAUCGACCUGACCAUUUACCACCUAUCCGCGGUGCGUGACCGCCUCUUGGAUCUUCAUCGCAUCGACAAUGGCGACGUUCCUGUCUCACCUGGGAUCGAAGCUUAUUCUGGAGUAUUGGCGGAGUGGUAUGAUCCUGCUCGGGAGGAACGCAUGAGGCAUGCAGCAGGAGAAGGCGACCCGCGAGACGAUGGUCUGCCCGAAUGGAUGUCGCUGGCGGCUAUUACUAGGACUCCGGAACAGGAGGAGCGGUAUCAACGGUCGUUGACGGAGGAUCUUAUUCACUACGCAGCACUCCGACACCAGCAACGACCAGUCCCUCGUUACUUGACCGACAUCGCCCAAGCAUUGAUUAACCAUCGCGCCGGGCCGCCGGGCAGUAAGGCGCGCAGGUUCCCAUCAAGCGACUGCCUGAUAGACCUGAGGGAUGAGACUUUGGACCGUCGAGACAUUCCUCGCGUGUACGAUGAGGUAGCUUCGGGUCUUCUCGAGCUACGCGCCCUGCCCGGGAACUCGAGCGGGGGGGUUUUGGCAGUAUUUCAAGAAGAGCUCCUCCGUGCGCGCCCCCUUCGUGCAAAGAUUAAUACAGACGGCGAUACAGAAGAGGACCACCAACUACGCAUGCUCAGCCGGAGGAUCGACAAGUACCACAAGCACGCGCAGACAGAAGCAGAGUUUCUCACUCGUCCCCGAAAUCGACAAACCCUGGUCUGGGACGAGAUCGAUCUUGAUGGGGCCUACACAACCUUGACGCUGUUGCAGCGUGACCUUGAGGAGCUCCAUCGAUUGCGCGGUGACGUGGAUCUUCCAGCGGAGAUGAAAACUUACAAGACAGCCCUUGCAGAGACUGAGUCGAUCGGCCAAAGGGUUCGUGCCAAGGAGGAAGAGAAGAACCGUAAGCAUGCAGAAUGGCUGGCCAAGAACGAGCAAAAGUCACCAGUCGAGGAGCAACAAGCUCCUGCUGCCAACGCGAAGCCUCCCGUGGCCAAGCAGCAGUUUCCUAACUUUUCCAUACACAGUCCCACGACUGGCGACAAACGCCAAAGAAGCAGCUCUGGUGCUGAGGACCACGAGGACGCUUCGAAGCGCCAGAAGUCCGAUCAGGAGGAUGCUAAGCUUCAGGAGUUCCUCGACAGCACGCACGAUAAUGCUGUCAAGGAGCAUGAAACAUGGGCAGCUGCAGCUCAGGCGCCCGGUGAUGUCCCUGCCACUCCCAACGCUGAUCAGCCAGUGUUUGGAGCUGACUUCCCAGCCCGCCAGUCUACCAGUGUCACCAUUAAAGAAGAUGACGACGACAAUGACAUGGAAGAAGAACUGUUCGGCGAGAAAAACAAUGAUCACGAAGUUCCUGAGGCGCGGCCAGAAACAGUCGCAUCGCCAAGUCCUAUCGUCUCCCCAAUCGACCCCCGUCGCGACUCGGUACAGAGCAGGAACAGUCCCGUCAGCCCACAAGCUACACCCGCCACGUCAAAGCCCAUCAUCUCACCAGCUGUUGCCCGACUGCAGACAUCUGCCGGCAACGCGCCCUCGCCCGCCUCGGGAGGCUCACCGGUCAUCAGGUACGAGAGCUUACCAUGGGUCCCAAAGACCCCCAGUCAACACAACUCGCCCGCAAACAUCCCGUCCGUACCUCAGGCAACUGGCUCAUCUCCACGACACGUUUCAGUAACAUCAAACGCUCCGGUCAUUCCUGACACAGACGCCCUUCUCUCCUCGCGAAACCCCUCUCUCGCAUCCUCCGCAACGAAGUCGCCCCCAAAUAAGGCUCUAAGAGACUGGUCACGUGGACGCUACGCUUCGAGCCAGGUCUCACCGAAAAGAGUCCAGACCGGACGGUCUGGAUCAUCAGGCUCUACCACGAGCCGUGCCUACGUCCCCCCUCCAGCUUCCCUCGCAGAGGAGACCGAGCACCUCCCAGCGCGGGCAUCUCUCACUCAAGACCCAGCCGCGCUGAACAGAGCGAUUCAAUACAAUACCAACGGCAGCACCGAGUUCGCACUGCAUGCCGAGCGCAGGCCCGGGCUAGCGAGUGCCGAUGAUGCCGGCGACGAUGCGGGGACGGUCUUCGAGCAAGUGGAGGAUAAGAAUGAGGAGCUCGACGAUAAUGACAUCGAUGCGUUGGCAAAGGAGUGGGAGAAGGGUGUUGAGAAGAAUGACGGUGCGGAGGAUGGUGGGGAGGUUCAACCAGGGACUAGUGCGCAAGUGGUGAGCGAGGCGGCGGGGGCGCCAAGUUUGGAGGAGCUUUUGGCUAAGGAGAAGGGGAGGUUGGGGUUUGCAACAACCCCCCACUCCAACCUCCUCAUCGCCUCCCUCAGCCCACCUCUCUUCACCCUCCUCCCCGUCUCCCCCUCCAACUCCUCCACCCCCACAAUCCUCGCCUCCCUCCCUUCCAACUCCCUCGGCGUCUCAAACCCAAACCCCUCAACAAAAUGCAUCAACUCCACCGCUUCCUUAAUCAACCCACAUAUUUCAUCCCCUGCUUCCAACACCAUCGUCUCCACGCUGACGUUCUCGUGCUGGAUCUUGAUGUUCAACUUCUCCUCUAUAAUAGCGACCACGUCAUUGUAA